AUAUCAAUAACCAAAAUGUAUUUUUUCAUACUUACACCCUUAAAUAUUCAACUACAUAAAAUCAUCUAUAUAUGUUUUCGGUUAAGAUGCUACUUUGCAAAAGCACAGUGUGUAGACAGUACCCUGCAUAACGCUGGAGAAGGAUCGUGUGCUUCUUUAGGAUUAAAGGCAACAAAAGCCACUACUGCCAAGAUUACCACUACACAGCCAACAACUAUCACAACACAUCCGGUUACCACUGCCCAGCCCACCACUGAUCCUCUCCGCGUCAUUUGUGACUCAAUCUCUCAUGUUCACUGCGCCAACGACAUUGAACCUGUCUGCGGAUCAGACGACCGGACAUACGUCAAUACAUGCGAGUUUCAUAUUGAAGUUUGCCAGCGUCGUGAUCUGACAAUCAAGCAUAUUGGAUUUUGUUGAACAGAAAUUUGUAAAACAUUAUGAGUUUGAAUAAACGUACACAUUUCAGUCA